UAACAUCGUCGACUGACAAAGUUGUUUUUGUGACUUAAACGUUCAAUAUGGUUGCCGUAAAGAAACAGAAAAAGGCCUUGGAGAGCACCAAUGCGCGUUUGGCGCUGGUUAUGAAAUCCGGCAAAUAUUGCCUGGGUUACAAGCAAACGCUGAAGACCCUGCGUCAUGGCAAGGCCAAACUGGUGCUCAUCGCCAGCAACACGCCUGCUUUGAGGAAGUCGGAGAUUGAGUACUAUGCCAUGUUGGCCAAAACUGAAGUUCAGCACUACAGUGGCACCAAUAUUGAGCUGGGCACCGCUUGUGGCAAAUACUUCCGUGUGUGCACGAUGUCCAUUACCGAUCCUGGAGAUUCGGACAUCAUCCGCUCUUUGCCCGACAAUUAAACAAUGAAAAGGAUAUAUAUAAUUUUGUAAAUCGGACAUUUUUAAUAAAAACCCUUUGAAAUUGUAUGCAUGGA